AUGGUUUCUAGCGCCGUCGAGCAGGAGAAAGGCCUCGAUAUCGGUAUCCAUAAUCGAGGGGGUUCAUCGGACGACAGCCGUGAGCAUGCGACUACUCAUGAUGCUGCCGCCCAUGGCCACGCCGCCACUGAUAUUCAUGGCAAUCCUAUAGUCACUUUCGACCCCAAAGCUGAAAGUCGCUUGCGCAUGAAAAUAGACCUGAUGAUCAUCCCAACAGUUACGAUCAUAUAUCUCAUGUGCUUUGUCGAUAGAGCCAAUAUAGGAAACGCCCGCCUAGCGGGCUUAGAGCCCGAUCUUGGCAUGUCCGGGUACGACUAUAACGUUGUACUCAGCGUCUUCUAUGUCUCGUACAUUGUGCUCGAGCUCCCCUCGAACAUGGCCUGCAAAUGGAUUGGUCCGGGAUGGUUCAUUCCUUUCCUUACCCUUGGGUUCGGUGCAGCGUCAAUUGCCACUGCCUUUGUUGACAACAUGGCUCAGCUCUGUGCUGUCCGCUUUGUACUCGGCGUCUUUGAGGCUGGGAUGCUGCCGGGUGUGGCCUACUAUAUGAGUCGAUGGUAUCGCAGAGGCGAGCUAGCGUUCCGUUUGUCUAUUUACAUCGCCAUGGGAGCGUUUGGCGGCGCCUUUGGAGGCCUGCUGGCGAGCGGCAUCCUAAGUUUGGACAACGUUGGCUCACUCACCGAAUGGAGGAUGAUCUUUAUCGUUGAGGGCAUCAUGACGGUCGGACUCGCGCUGAUUUCGUUCAUUACCAUGACUGACCGCCCGGAAACCGCGCGAUGGUUGACGCAGGAGCAGAAGGAGCUGGCCGUCGCUCGCGUCAAGUCUGAGCGUGUGGGCGUUACCGAAGUCUUGGACAAGAUUUCCUGGACCAAAACCAUUCGAGGCGUCACAUCGCCACUCACGAUGUCAACUGCGUUGAUGUUCUUUUUCACGAAUAUCACCGUCCAGGGCUUGGCCUUUUUUCUUCCUACCAUCGUCCGCACUAUCUAUCCGGAAGCGAGCGUUGUCAGCCAGCAGCUCCGGACGGUUCCGCCCUAUAUGGUGGGCACAUUCUUCACUUGCUUCAUCAAUUGGCUGUCCUGGCGCUUUGACAAGCGUAACCUCUUCAUCAACCUAUCUGCGCCGCCUGUCAUGCUCGGGUAUAUAUUCUUCCUCGCAACCACCAACCGCUACGUACGCUACGCUGGUACCUUCUUUAUCACGUCCGGUGCCUUCGCCAACGGAGCACUCUCCAACGCACAGGUAUCGGCGAACCUGCUGUCCGACACAGCACGCAGCUCAGGCAUUGGGCUGAAUGUCAUGAUGGGCAACAUCGGUGGAUUAGUCGCCACGUGGUCGUACUUGCCGUUCGAUGGGCCGAAUUAUCCCAUCGGCAACGGCCUGAACCUUGGCUCCAGCUCAGCCAUCUUCGUCUGUAGCGGGCUGGUAUUUGCGUACAUCAAGUGGGAUAAUGGGCGCAGGGAGCGGAAACAGCAGGAGGCUGAGCAGGUCUUGCAAGGCAUGUCGCCAGCACAGAUAGAGGAGUUGGACUGGAAGCAUCCGGGGUUCAGGUGGAGGGGCUGA